UCAGGGCUGGGGCUGUCCUGCAAAUCCACUGGAUGGUUCCCCGAGCCAACGGUCCGCUGGCUCAGGCUGGAUGGGCAGGCCCUGGCAAUGCAGCCAGUGACCACCAUCACGCAGGACCAGCAGCAGCUCUACACCGUGCAGAGCCACAUCACUGUCCCUGGAGAAAAGGAUGCUGGUGAGAUAUGGUGUAUUGUGCAAAACAGCCUGACAGGUGCCAAGUUGCAUUCAGCCAUUGAGCUUGAAGGAGACGUCUUCCCUCGAGUGUCUCCCUGGCUGCCUGCCUUCUGGGUGCUGCUCGCGUUUGCCCUCCUGGCCCUUGCAGCAGGUGCCUUUUUCACCCACCGAGCCAAGGGGAAGGCGGCGGGCAGGAAAGCUGAACAGGAGGCGGCUCUCCUGGACAAGGGUAGGUCGGCUGUGCCUCCCGUCGUGCCACGUGCCCCCUCGUGCUCCACGUGAGGCCAAGCGGUGCCAGUGCCACACGGGAAGCUGGGCU